AUGCAACAGGAGCUCUUGUUCAAAGUCCUGGUCAUCGGGGACAUAGGGGUUGGAAAGACCUCCAUCAUCCAGCGGUACGUCCAGCAGAUCUUCUCCCAGCACUACAGAACCACAAUCGGGGUGGACUUCGCCCUGAAGGUGCUGCAGUGGGAUGGGGACACUGUGAUCCGGCUGCAGCUGUGGGACAUCGCAGCUGUUCUUCUGGUCCCAGGACAGGAGCGCUAUGGAAACAUGACUCGGGUCUACUACAGAGAGGCGGUUGGAGCUCUGGUGGUGUUUGACGUGACCAGGGCCUCCACGUUUGAUGCUGUGCUGAAGUGGAAGGAGGACCUGGACUCAAAGGUGACUCUGAGCCAUGGGAGACCAGUUCCAGCAGUUCUUGUAGCUAACAAGUCGGACCAGACGGCAUCCCAGCUGCCCAGACUCGACUCAUUCUGCAGGGAAAAUGGCUUCGUGGGCUGGUUUGAAACCUCUGCAAAGGAGAACACGAAUAUUGAGGAAGCAACUCACUAUUUGGUGGAGCACAUCCUGACCAAUGAGGAGCGCUCUCAGGCGGAGCAAGAACCCAGCUCCAUGGUCCUGUCUGGGAGCGCGAGCACUGCCAAGAGUCGUUUUUACUGCUCGUCAUGUAUGAAGUGGUGACUACUCAACUGUCAGACUACAGCCGAGAAAAUAAUGGCUCAGGAGCUGAACAGUACUUUUGGGUUUCUUUUGCUCUAAUUUCAGAAUAAAUAAUAAAAGAAUAUAAAGAACGGUUCAUCCUGCAGGCCAGUAUCUGGCAUUCACAAAAAUAAUUAACAUUUUUAUUCCAAAGCCUUCAAGAGGUGAGUCUUGGACUCGAGACGCAUCAAAACGACUGUUUUUCAUUCAGAGCUGAUUCACUGUCAAACUGUGGGCUCUAUUAUUGUAGAGUUGUUGUUUACAAUGGUAAAAAUCAAUAUCUUGCUGGUCCAAAUGCUGGCCUUCGCUGUAUGUGUUUUUUUUUUUCAUAAACACAGCUGCCUUUGUUGAAUCUGCCUUGAGUGUUACUUAAAAUUCAAUGUUUUCAAUUCGACUUCACCCCCUUUGAUGUUUAAUAGCUUUAACUUGCACAGUAACAAAGAACUGUCUGCAUUCAACUGUAAAACCCACCUAAAACAGCAAUAAAAACACGAGUUGAGUUUUCUUGCACAAAUGUGUUUUUCGUGUUUUUUUAGUGUU